ACUACCGCGGGAUCCGUCCUGGCCGCUUUUUACUCUAAUGUUUUUGUAAAAAAUAAUUUGAAUUAAUCAGUGGGUGGCAGUGCAGUGUUGUGUUCUAGGAUUACAGACAUGAUUUGAUGAUAUACCAUAGGCGUUGGAAUGACCUGCUACGCUUCGUUCCACAGUCUGCCGCCAUAGAAAAUGAUUCCUUGCAUCUGGCCGACAACGUUUUUCUUCUUAAUAUGGUUGUGCAAUGACGUAACGUCGAAGAGGAAUCACACGCUGAAACCACGAGUAGUUUUGCCCGAGAACUAUGUUAAAGAAAUCCGGCCACCUUCUCGGAAAGGUCAACCAGUCGUCGUUGAAUUCAGUAUAUACGUUGUGGACGUCAACUCUAUUAACGUUGAAGAUAUGGACUUCAGAGUCGAUAUGUUUAUAAGACAAACCUGGCGAGAGACUAGACUGCAGCUGCCAGAAGACAUAUUCGAAGAAGGCGACGACCAUGUGACGUUGCCGCCUGAAUUCUUCGACAACCUCUGGCACCCUGAUCCUUACUUCCUUAAUUCUAAAGUAACAGAAAUAGCCGAAUUGACGCACAAAUUCUCGUCGGUAACCUUAUACAGAAAUCAGACGGUGAGGUACGCGGCCAGAAUGCACGCAAUCAUCGCCUGCCAAAUGGAAUUUCAACUCUAUCCCAUGGACAUACAGUCCUGUCCGAUUUACAUCGAAAGUUUUUCGUACAGCAAUCAGAAGGUGAGAUUUAAAUGGAGCGACGCAGGUGUUACUAUCAAUCCUGAACUGAAGUUGCUGCAAUAUCACAUUGGUGAGCCAUUACGGCUGGAAGAAACGAAUGGAUACAUGAUUGAUAAAGACGGAAACUACUCCAGAUUAGUGGUAUACUUCAGGUUCGAACGACAAAUUGGCCACCACCUAAUCCAAACCUUCGCACCAUCUUCUCUUGUUGUCAUGUUAUCCUGGUUCAGUUUCUGGCUGGACUUGGAUGCAAUUCCUGGUCGAGUUACCUUACUAGUUACAUGCAUGUUGACACUUGUGACUAUGUUCACAGGACUCAGAGCCGAUAUACCACCAGUUGCUUAUGUAAAGGCUCUUGACCUUUGGAUGGCAGGAUGUAUGAUGUUUGUCUUUGCCGCCCUCGGAGAGUUUGUGGUGGUUAAGGUGUUAGAUAAACAAUAUCAGAUGAACAAAUCCAAAGCGCAAGAAUCCAUGCCAAGAAUCAUACCAGUGCGUCUUAAUGGCGAGAAAGGAUCUUGUGGAACGGUCGCCGCGUGGGAGGGAAGUGCGGUUCGAUGUAGGAAGGUGGACCUUACAUCGCCUACGUCUCCCCCCGCAACAACACCCGCAGUGCAUCCUGCCCCAGGCGCUCCCACACAUCUGGUCGGCGUUGAGAGAAGACAAAGCAUAUUACAGGUUGCUUGGCUAGACGCUGAUACAGGUCAAGAAAGAGUGCUGUGGCGUGAAAUCGAUAAGUUAUCCAGGGUUGUAUUUCCAGCGCUAUUUCUUCUUUUCGUCACGAUGUACUGGCCGGUUCUUCUGCUGAAAACUAAAGCUUCAUCAUAACAUUAUAUACCUGUUUAUAAGGGCGUUAGGUGGUGGCAUGAAUAAAAAGAGAUAUCUAUUGUAAUAAAAAAAAUAUUCGAAGAAGUAAAGAGAAAAAAUAUUAGAUAGAAUAGAAAAUAAAUCAUUUCAAUGAUAGCUAGUAAAUGUUACGUUUAGAUGGAUAUCUUCUUCUCACUUAUUUGAUACAGCUUAUCAAAUAAAUCAGGUAGUACGUUUAAAAGUGGAAGAAUUAACUCUUAAAUUGCGAUAGUCGUUAUAUUAGUUAUCACUAAUUAUUAUAAAAAAAUUAAAUAACAUUGAUAAAAUCACAAUCAAAAUAAUAGCUUUAUUCAAGUAGAUUAUUUUUGAAUCGUGACGUCAGUUACGUUGAAUCAAACGCUACCUUUUGUUUGGAUUGUAGAAUCUACCAUUAAGAAUACAAACUUAUAAAUGAAAUAAAUGGUGCUUUAGAAUGGAAAAAAUAAAAUGACCGUCAGAUAUAAAGCAAGCAAUAGAUAACUUAACGAUUUUAUGUAAUGCCGACCGACUAGCGCUGUUAUAGCAAACUUAUAUUUAGUGUUGAUGUAGUAGUUACAAGUUAGAAUCCCAAUAGAGUUGCAGAUAGUGAAAAGCAAUUACCUUGAUGAGAGUUGUGAUCGUCCAUUCGAACUAUUAGGAAAGGACUAGUCUAACUUCAAAAUUAGUUCACUUGUAAUUUCAUUGUCUAAAAAAUUGUUCAUUGUCUAAUGAACAUCAAGCAAAAAUCUAAUUGUAUAUAUGUUACCUUAGAAUUUUGAGUAUUUGAAAUAUGAAAUACCAAACCAGAGUGCAUGAAGAAAGAAAACAAGUUGAAACGCUUUGCGUAAAACUAUUUCUAUAGUGCUUUCUAAUCAAAAGUUAAUAUAAAACAUCACGAUGAAAAUAUGAAAAUACGAACAUGUAUCAAACAGUUUAAACGGUUAAAUCAAUUAAAAUUAAUUGGAAAUGAAAGUCAGAUCCGAUAUAGAGUGUAAACAAUUUUAAAAUAUGAUUAUCGAUGCCAGUGAUACUUCAGGAGAUAUAAAAUAAAGAUGUAUAUACAUAAAUACAUAUUUAAAGAUAGAACGAAUUUCACAGUUUUAUUAUAACAAUAUUAAGCCGUGAACUUCUAAAGAACAUCGUCGAAUGAUACCUACGAAUAUACAAAAUGAGGUAAACAUAGAAAAUUACUUCAAAUACCUUUGUUAUAUACAAUGAAUAUGAUAAAAACGGAUUACACUGAUAUGACGCGAGUGUCAAAGCGUGGCAUACAUUAGUGGAUUAAGCUAGAAGCACUAGCAUAAAAUAAAUAUAUUCAAAACAAUACUUUAAUGCAACUAUAGCCGCGUCAAAGAAAGACUAUAAACCGACCUCAAGGAAUUAGGUACCUCAACUGGCCUGGAUGGUAUCAAUCUAACCGAAAAUCUGUGAAAGAUCACAACGCAUACAAGUAGACCGACACAUUUAAUAUACAUUUAAAAAUAGUGACUGUGAUGUCAAAGAGUUAUAAAAUAUUUUCUAUAAAACCACAAAUCUAUUCCAGUUUUAUAAUUCAUAAAGUAAAUUAAUUAAUGAAUACGUGUAAUGUUGGAAAUAAUUAUGGCAAAUAUAGCAAUUGUAUAAAUAAACUCAAGUUUGUAUUAAGGAUUGUAUUACAAUGUACUGAGUAUAAUGUAAAUCUAAAACUAGAUUAUAAUAGUAGACCAAAAAGCAUUCUACGAAUUACUCUAAAGAUCAAAAAGCUAGAACUUAAACAUUCAUAUUGUAUUUGACGUGAAUAGGUAUAAAGAGCCAAAGUUACAAAAUACUUGAAUAACUGAGAAAUCUAAUGAAAUAAUUACUGGUCCCUUCGAACAUUAAGUCAUAUAUCCCCACCAUAAGAAUUGGGCUUAGAACGUGCGUCCUUAGUGACUGCAGGUUGAGGCAUCAAGGUCUAGGCCAGAUUUGUAAACUAUUUCCUUGAGAAUAUUUCGAUUAGGUACCAUCGCCGUACUGGCAAAACCAUCUUGGGUUCCCUGGUGCAAGCACAAAUACACGGAUAGACUUUAUUAUCAAAAAUAUUUUUAGUCUGUAUUGACAAUAUUAUGUAAAGACUAUUAUUUAAUAAUGUCAUGAUAUUACUGUUUUUAAAAAUUAGCUCAUAAUAUUUUUCGAUAAAUUCCGUGUGAUACGCUUUUAUCUCAUUUGUAACAAGUAAUAGAAUAAAAGAAGUAUAUUAGUAGAGAGAUCAGCAUUGCUAUUCUGUAAGAACCCACUUUGUAUCUCACUCAUGAAAUAAUGAAAACCGAAGCACCGGGUGAUACGCUUAUGUGCAGACCCUCGCUCGGAGUAUUCGCUUGUAAUGUCACAAACUAGAAUCGUUUUUGAGCAUUCGACUGCAGUCGAGUCACCUGUUACUACAAUGUCGGACAAAUUGUCUAUCGUUACUGGUUGCACACUAUAUACUCAGUUUUUCGUACUCACUUAUGUAAUACUCGAAUCUGAACUGUUGCAACGCAAACGAAUGUUCCCGAUUAGGGCCCCUCAUCAAUGUUAUCGAUCGAUGUUACAUAUCAUUUCCUGACGUUUCACGAGUGUGUUCUACGUUGAGUUUCGAGUUUGUUCUUUCAGAAUAGCUUUGCUAUUAGCCUAAUAGAGCUUAUAUCGUUAAUGUAAUAAGGUCCACUUUCAUGCCUUAUUUUGUUUAGAAAAUUUUAGAUAUUAAAAUAUUAUAUUAUGAUACGAUAUAUUAUGUGACAGAAAAUUUUGCUUUUGAUAUUUAUUACAUAGAUGUGUUAAAUAGUAAACAUACAUAUACUUAUAUAUAAAGAUAUCAGAAUAAAUAAUGAGUUCGAAGUAAUUAACUAUAAAAAAAGUAAGUAAUUCGCUUUAAAUGUUCCUUUAACGUUUUAAGAAUUCAAUCCUUUUAAUUGCAACUAGAUAGAAAAGACGCACAUUACAGUCUGAAUCACCUUUUUUUAAAAAAAGAACACCAUUCGUUUUGUUACGUUGUAAAAAGUAAUGUAAAUUUAUUUUUAUAUAUUGUAAGUACUUUUUCUUUUCGUCUAUGCAAUCAAAGAAUUAAAAUUUGAUGUGUAAAGUGACUAAACUAAGUAUUAUUAUUUACGUUAAAGGAUUUGAAGUAGGGUGAUUCCUUUCAUCGUUUAAUGAGACAAAAAUUUUAAUUGUGAAAGUUAAACUCGUAUUGGCUAACAUUAUACUGUUUAUCGGUAUCAUGUGACGUACAUGUACAUGUUUGUACAUUUUGAUGUACACGAAAAUUUGAUAUUGGAAAAAAAUGAAGCACAAAGGAAUGAAAUUAAUUAUUAUUUAUAAAAUUG